GCAUCGGGGUCCAAGUGCGCAGGCGUAUUAGGCUGCUCUACUGCUGCCUGAUUAGAAACUGCCGCCCGCUCUUCGUGCUCGCUACAGAACCCGGGGGCAGUUCGCGCACCCGCAGUCCACGAAGGACCCGCCUUUAUUACUCAAGUCUCGUAGGCAGCGCUUUGGGCUGGUUUCCGAGUUUGUUCUACAGGCAUUCGGCGCAGCGCUCUACAAAGCUGCCUUCCUCCGCCGGGGCCCUCCAGGCUGCGGAAGCCCCGGGCAGAGGCGAGGCAGGUCCUUUCUCGGAGCGUGUCGCGGCCGGCCGGGUGCCCGCGGGGAAGCAGCGCGGAGAGCCCGGCGCCAUGUAUUACAAAUUCAGCGGCUUCAGCCAGAAGCUGGUGGGGGCGGUGGCGGCCGCCGCCUAUGCCCCUCAGGGACUCAAGCCACUGGCAUCCACAGAAUCACCAGCUCUGAUAUUUGGAAUGCCAACUAAAUUUGCCUCAGAUUCGCCAGCAGCUGUUUCUUAUUUGGGUAAAAACAAGGUGCCGGACCUCCAGAAGCUAUUUCAGAAGGCUGAUGGAUUGCCAGUACAUCUGAAACGAGGGGUUCCUGAUCAGCUGCUAUAUCGUACCACUAUGGCUCUAACGAUAGGAGGGACCAUCUACUGUCUGAUAGCUCUCUACAUGGCCUCACAACCAAAAUCCAAGAAGUGAGUGAACCAUAACUAAUGGGACUGAUUCAGCAUUUCUCUGAAGGACCAGUUGUGUACUACCCCUUUGUAUUUACUGCUUAAUCCUGUGAUUGUAUGUUGUGAGUUCUUCAAAUAAAGACAUUAAGAAAA